CUCAUACCGCUUACUUUGCUCUCUUUGACAACAAUAUUCUGACUCCAGCUCUCAAUCUGUGGACAGGAUGAAGUGUGUUAUGGUCUUUCUCGUGUUGUCCCUGGUCGUCCUCAUGGCCGAUCCUGGAGAGUGUUUCUUAAGACACAUAUGGAGAGGUGCCAAGGCCGCAUUUAGAGCGGCCAGGGGGGGAUGGAGAAGUUACCAUCGCCAGCGCAACAUGAAUCAGAUCGGGAGGUAUAUGAGGAUAAUGUCCCAGCAAAGAGCCAGACAACGGCAACAACAGAUUCAACAACAACAACUAGCCAGAUGUCGGGCAAUGCUGGGCUGAAUCUGUUCAGUUUGAACACACUGUUUGGUGUGAUUGCUUUGGGCUUUACAAUGCAAGAAAGAAGUAGAUCAGCUAACAAACCAGCAGUUUUGGGUUUGCAUUAAGCAUUUGCGAAGAAGUAAUUCAUAUAUAGCUCUUAGCAUAGCUCCUAUUGGUUUUUAAAAAUGUAAAAUGGCCAAAUAUCGCAAACUGCCCUGCUUAAUAAAUCAGCAAU